CUUCAUUGAUGCAACAGCUUCGGUCAACCAUUGAAAACAGCCCAACAUCGCUUUUGAGUCUUCCCUCAAAAUGUCGUUCGUCAUCCGCCGAGGUGUGUCAACCUUGGUCCCUCCUAAGGUCGCAAACCCAUCUGGGCUCGGAGCUGCCGCAAACGCACAGCGCAUGGCCAAAAUAGCCAAGUUUUACGAACAAUUACCAAAAGGACCUGCGCCUCAGAGAGCACCUAGUGGUCCAUUGGGCUGGUAUCAAGCGAAAUACUUUGGCAAGAACCCAUCUGCAGCCCCAAUCUGGCACGUUAUUUUUGGCAUCAUGACCCUGGGUUACAGCAUGGAGUACUACUUCCACCUGAGACAUCACAAGAACAAUGCUCAUUAAGUCAUUCGCAUGGUGGACUAGAGUUCUGGAAUCGCCUGUACAUAAACCAAAAUUAAAGAGUUAUUCGGGUUCUCCGGAGAAUUGAUGUUCUGCUACUCCAAUUUCACGAUGAGAUAUCGAAAAGCGAUCCGUCUUCGACAAUGCAUCUGUUUACUCGUCGUCAUUUCACCGUCUAAGCCGAAUCCGAAUCAUGCAGCCUACUUCGAAUGGCAUGUCAUCAAGGCUUUCUAUGGUUUGUUGGGCGC